AUGUGUCGGAGUUGGCUUGGUGGCCCUGGACUUCAGCGGGAAGAGGAGGAGGCCUUUGCCAGCAGCCAGAGCAGCCAGAGCAGCCAGGGGGCCCAGUCCCUCACCUUCUCCAAGUUUGAAGAAAAGAAAACCAACGAGAAGACCCGUAAGGUCACCACGGUGAAGAAGUUCUUCAGUGCUUCGUCCAGGGUGGGAUCAAAGAAAGACAUUCAGGAAGCCAAAACCGCCAGCCCUUCCAUAAACCGACAAGCCAGCAUUGAAACGGAUAGAGUAUCUAAGGAGUUCAUAGAAUUUCUCAAGACCUACCACAAGACAGGUCAAGAAAUCUACAAGCAGACCAAGAUAUUUUUGGAAACAAUGCAUUUUAAAAGGGAAUUAAGCAUCGAGGAACAAUCGGAAUGUACUCAGGAUUUUUACCAAAACGUGGCUGAGAAAAUGCAGACCCGCGGCAAAGUGCCUCCAGAGCGAGUUGAGAAGAUAAUGGACCAGAUUGAGAAGUACAUCAUGACGCGUCUCUAUAAACACGUGUUCUGUCCAGAAACUACUGAUGAUGAGAAGAAAGACCUCGCCAUUCAGAGGAGGAUCAGAGCCCUGCACUGGGUGACGCCGCAGAUGCUGUGUGUCCCUGUCAGUGAAGAGAUCCCGGAAGUGUCCGACAUGGUGGUGAGAGCCAUUACAGAUAUCAUCGAAAUGGACUCGAAGCGGGUACCUCGGGACAAGCUGGCCUGUAUCACCAAGUGCAGUAAGCACAUCUUCAACGCCAUCAAGGUCACCAAGAACGAGCCGGCCUCCGCCGACGACUUCCUGCCCACGCUCAUCUACAUUGUUCUCAAAGGCAAUCCACCACGUCUGCAGUCCAACAUCCAGUAUAUCACCCGCUUCUGUAACCCCAGCCGGCUCAUGACCGGAGAGGACGGCUACUACUUCACCAACCUGUGCUGCGCCGUGGCUUUCAUUGAGAAAUUAGAUGCUCAGUCUCUGAACUUGAGUCAAGAGGAUUUUGACCGCUACAUGUCCGGCCAGACCUCGCCCAGAAAGCAAGACUCCGAGCCCUGGUCUCCAGACGCAUGCGUCGGCGUCAAGCAAAUGUACAAGAACUUAGAUCUCCUGUCUCAAUUGAAUGAACGGCAGGAAAGGAUCAUGAGUGAAGCCAAGAAACUUGAAAAAGAUCUCAUAGAUUGGACAGACGGGAUUACCAAAGAGGUUCAAGACAUUGUCGAGAAAUACCCCCUGGAAAUUAAGCCCCCAAAUCAGCCUCUAGCAGCCAUUGACUCUGAAAAUGUGGAAAACGAUAAGCUCCCUCCACCCUUGCAGCCUCAGGUCUAUGCGGGAUGA